AGAGUGUAUAAUUGUAACAUCUUUAUCUUGCCGUCCACGACAUUGGGACAUCGGUUCACGUGCUAGAUAUUCUUCAAAGUGAUUCAGUUUAUGGGUGUUUAUACUUAUGAUGCUUGUCUCAUUGUUUAAGAUUUCUUUCAAGUAGCAGAUUGUGGAGAUAAUUUAUUAGAAAUGAAGACAGGUGAGACAGAAAGAGAGAAAACUCCUCUUCUGAAGGAGACGAAUUCUUCUAAUGGAUCUAAAUUCGGAUACAAAUACUUCUUACUUUUAUUAGUAAUGGUGUUUUUAUACAUCUCUGUAGGAAUUACUUUUUACACUAUAUCCCAAUGGAUCCAGUAUAAAGUCAGGAAGGAAAUAUUGCAGGGUAUUGAAAUAAACUCGACUUCUGUAUGCGAGGGAACAAAUCAAAGUGACCCUGUGUAUGAAAAGUUUCAAACGGUUGAAAAGAAAACAGCAUUUUGGCAAAUGUUAAACCAGCUGGCAUCAAGUAUACCUGGGAGCUUAGCAGUUUUAAUCAUCCCAUCGUUUUCUGACAGUUUAGGUAGAAAAGUUUUGUUUGUAUUACCAACGACUACAAUUUUGCUAAAAGAAGUAAUUUACGCUUUGAUAAUAUACUUUGAAUGGGACAUUUUGUGGGUAGUUUUGGCAUCAUUGUUCGAGGGAAUAUUUGGUUCAUUCUACUUAUUCAGGUCAGGAAUGUAUGCUUAUAUUGCAGACAUAACAAAACCUGGCCGACAUAGGACAUUAGCACUGACAAUUUUGGAAGGAAGUUUCUUAAUUUUUAUAACAUUAUCCGGACUAGCAGCAGGAUAUUUCAUAGAGUUUGAAGGCUUCCUUGUGCCUAUGAUAACAUGUGUUGGGCUUAUUUUUUUUGCAUGGUGCAUUGUUAUAUUUGCACUGCCUGAAACUCACGAAAAACACAAUAGAGCCAAAAAGAUGCCUUUUGGUGAUCAUAUGAAACGCAUUACAGGUUUCUAUAGGAGUAAACAAUUUUCAAAUAAACGUUCAGCCUAUGUAAUGUUAUUAUUAGCGUUUUUUAUUGCGGAGCUCACAAGUAGUCAUCGAACAUCUUUAGAAAUGCUUUAUCAACUUGGAAAACCAUUUUGCUGGCCUUCACAGAAAAUCGGAUUAUUCAGCGCUGCAAGACAUGCGACUGAAGGUUUUGCUGGCUUAGUACUAAUUGCUCCACUAAAGAGUUGCUUUUCAGAAAUUAUUAUUGCGAUUCUGAGCUCAAUGUUCAAUGCAGGAUCAUAUGUCCUCGAAGCAUUUGCCGAUACAGACCUAAUAUUGUAUUUAGUACCUAUACCAGCUACAUUUUCAUUUCUCAUGAUUCCGAUGAUAAAAACUAUGAUGUCGUCAAUGACACCGUCAGACAAACAAGGAUCACUGUUUUCUGGUAUUGUAUUUGUAGAAGUUUUAUGUUCAAUAACUGCAACCUAUCUAUUCAACACCAUCUACUCAGUAACUCUGUCGUUAUUCCAUGGUUUAGUGUUUCUUGUUCUCGCAGGUCUAUGCAUUCUGGUAUUGAUCGUAUUAAUAUUGUUUGCAAUGACACAAACUGUGGAGAUAGCUCUUCCAAAACUUGAAAAGAUUGUGACAAACUAAGACAUUGCUGCACAGAAGUCUAUCACAUUCAAAACAAUUUUUUGACCACAUCUUAAAUCUUUGAAUCUAUUCCUACCUUUAACUUUAGAUAGUUUAUGAGUUAUUUAUAACGCUGUAUAUAUAGCAUUUUGAGGUGAAAAGUUGAAAGGUAAAAUUGAAUAUAUAAAAGUUUAACAGGUUGAUAUUGUUUACAAUUACUUUAUGUAACGAUAAAAUUUAAGUGCAUACAAACCAAUACAGUGUUAAUUCGGUUAGGAUAAAUUCAAGUUGAUGAUAAGAAUAAAGGUAGUUGAUACAAAUAUGUUGUUAUGAUUUUACCAUGUUUAUUCAACAAAGUGCAUGCAAUUUUCCUUUAUGCAGAAACUGUUUCUGAAAUUGAUAAGAAUGGCAUUCAUACAUUGAAUAAAUGUUACAUAAAAUUACUUUUCCAUAUUAUGUCGAUAUUACAGUAUGCAUUUGCACAAUUAUAUUUGAUAGUAAAUAUAUAAAUUCUAUAUCCACAAUGAAAUGUACAAACAAAAAUGUAAUUGUUAACUUACCUAAAUUUUUUUAUAUUGAGCCAUGUAGAUAACGGAGAUAAGCAGCUCUUAUAUACACCAUUGAAAAUUUCACUCAUGCCUAUCGAAAAGUGAAAAAUUGGGCAUUUUGUAGCAAAUAAAACUUAAUGGAUGUACAUUUUAUCCUUUUAUAUUAUAAACCAUUUGAAAGUUAAAUCUUUUAUCUGUUGUGCAUGUUAAGAUAUUGGUAAUUUUUCAUGCCUUUCACUUAGAAAAACAUAGCAGAACAUACCCACUAAGCCAGGUUUUUCGCCAGAUGAAUAGUUUUGUAACAAAAAAUAUAUGUAGUUCUCUUUAAGAAUGGAUGUAUCAUUUAUUUUAAUGGGAACUGUAAAUGUUUUUACUUGCAGCCAUAGACCAAUGUAUCAGCUUUAAGAAAAUGUAUUAUUUUACUGAUUUUGAUAUCUGGUUAAUAAGUUUUACUUGCUACAAGUUGUAAGUGGUAUCUUAACUGGCUAGAAAGUUGCAUAUCUCUUUAAUCUAUGUCUCUGUAAUCUAUGUCUAUGCCGAUACAACAAAGAUUUGAAUCUCUACUUAAUAUAUUUAAUUGAAUUAUUGUACAUUGAAACGUAUGUUUAUGAAAAAUGUAUACUUUACCAUGUAUUAUACUUUUCUGUGCUAUGUAUUUUACCACCAAAUUGUUUCUUGGCGAUGAAGAUGUACAUGUUUUUGACAAUAAAAUUUUGACUUGAAUUGACUUGAUAAAAUAUUUACAGAAAUGCCAUUAUAUUUAAGUAUUCCACGGACAUCUAUUUUCAACCAUAAUGUAGGUAUAAAAAUACAGGAAAUUUUACUUUUAAGAGGAAAAUAACUUGCCAGAUGUGACAACUUGUGAACCACUUAAGCUAGUGAACUUUGUUACAUAGGGACACAUGUUGUUUGACACGUUAUUUUCUUCUGUUACAAGGAAUAGUGUAUACAUUUUAAAUAAAUGUUGUUUGACACGUUACAUUUUAAAUAAAAGUAGCAUGACUUUACAACAAUUAAUUUGCGUUUGUUUGCACUUAAAAAAAUCAAGUACACUGAAAAUAGUCAAUCGCUUUUAAAACAUGAUUUUGUAUUGUUUAUGAUGAUUUCUAGAUUUGGGGGCUAUUGAUAAGUUUAUGGACCUCAAAAUCUGAAUUAUAUACAUGUAUAUACUUUUGUUGGACUAUAAUAAUUGUUCUUUGUUUGAUGCAUGUGUAAGA